CGUCCCGAUCGCACCCAGCCGCAGGCCCAGCCCAGUCGCAGAUCCAGUCGCAGAUCCAGCCCAGUCCGUGCCGGUACAAGCAGAGCCCAGCAACGCCAUGGAGAAGAAACCGUCGACGUAUCAAGCCCUGUUGGCAGGCGGCAUCGCAGGCACUGCCGUCGACACUUGCCUCUUUCCGCUCGACACCAUCAAGACCCGGCUGCAAUCCAAGCAAGGCUUUGCGGCGGCCGGCGGUUUCCGAGGAGUGUAUUCGGGUCUCUCGUCCGCUGUGAUCGGAUCAGCGCCGUCUGCUGCCCUGUUCUUUGUCAGCUACGAAUACGUCAAGAGCAACUUGGCUGCAAGGAGCGCCAACGGCCAGUCUAAUGCCGCCACCCAUAUGAUUGCCGCCUCGUGCGGAGAGAUUAUGGCCUGUUCGGUGCGGGUGCCCACCGAGGUUGUCAAGCAGCGAAUGCAAACGGGCCAGUACCACUCGGUGUCGAAUGCUCUUCGGUCCAUCCUGGGCACGGAGGGUUUCUUUGGAUUCUACCGAGGCUACACCAUGACGAUCUUUAGAGAGAUCCCGUUCACAUGCAUUCAGUUCCCGCUGUACGAGUACUUCAAGCGAUCAUGGAGCCACCUGCAAGGCCGCCCGACACAUACAUGGGAAGCGGCACUCUUUGGCUCGGUCGCAGGAGGCAUCGCAGCAGCGCUCACGACACCACUGGAUGUAGUCAAGACCCGGAUCAUGCUGUCGUCGCGGUCGUCGAGCUCGCAUCCGCCUUACACCUCCAUCUUCCCGACCUUUGCCCGGAUCGUCCGCGAGGAGGGCUACCGCGCACUCUUUUCCGGAAUCGGCCCACGGGUGACCUGGAUCUCGAUCGGCGGAUGCAUCUUCUUGGGGGUGUAUGAGGCCGCCCGUAAAACCCUGGUCGAUGGCAAGAUCUUGGCGUGAGCGGUAUCAAUGCACGCAGUCCUGUCGAUGGACCCCUCCCACUCCGCGAGCUCGCAAGCUCACUCCCUCGUU